UUGAGUGGUUAGAAUCUUUAUUAGAGUCAAUUUAUUUUAUUGUGCUAGAAUCUUUUGUUCAAUGGAUAUCUCAGUGACGCCAGUGCAGAGUAAUGAGAGAGCUAGAAAACCUAAAAAGUCACCAUUGCAGUGGAAGAAAGCUAAAUUGAAGACAGAACGGUACAAGCCCAAGAGUAUGCCGGACAAACCAACUUGUGGACACAACAGUCAAUCCUUUCAAUGUUGUUCGCUUGAUAUGUGUGAUUUGAAAAAGUUUCAUUCUUUAUUCUAUAAAAAGACAGAAAAAGAAUAUCAGGAUCAUUUCGUUUUAAAAUAUGUUGAGAUUGUGAAUGUGAGGAGAAGGCGUCCAAAUCAACGGAAAAAUCAAAAUGAAGUAUCCAAGUACAAGAAACAAAUGAGGAGUACACGUUAUUUUGUAUUAAAUAAAAAGAAGGAGAGGAAUGCACAAAGACUGCAGACUCAUAAAGUGGGAAAGCGAAAGAGAUCGUUUGAUGAAGCAAGCCACCAUAAAAAGGGUAGUGAACUGUAA